AUGUUCUCCAACCUCCCGUUCCCUCGUCGUGCCAGCACACUCGUCGCCUCCCCUCCUCGUUCUUCCCCUCCCGUCGUCGCGCCUCCCCUCCUCGUUCUUCCCCUCCCGUCGUCGCGCCUCCCCUCCUCGUUCUUCCCCUCCCGUCGUCGCGCCUCCCCUCCUCGUUCUUCCCCUCCCGUCGUCGCGCCUCCCCUCCUCGUUCUUCCCCUCCCGUCGUCGCGCCUCCCCUCCUCGUUCUUCCCCUCCCGUCGUCGCGCCUCCCCUCCUCGUUCUUCCCCUCCCGUCGUCGCGCCUCCCCUCCUCGUUCUUCCCCUCCCGUCGUCGCGCCUCCCCUCCUCGUUCUUCCCCUCCCGUCGUCGCGCCUCCCCUCCUCGUUCUUCCCCUCCCGUCGUCGCGCCUCCCCUCCUCGUUCUUCCCCUCCCGUCGUCGCGCCUCCCCUCCUCGUUCUUCCCCUCCCGUCGUCGCGCCUCCCCUCCUCGUUCUUCCCCUCCCGUCGUCGCGCCUCCCCUCCUCGUUCUUCCCCUCCCGUCGUCGCGCCUCCCCUCCUCUCGUCGCGCCUUCCCCCGACUCGCCGGCCCUCUACUUGUCGCGCCUCCCCUCCCCUCGUGGCGCCUCCUCUUCUCCUGCCCUUCUCACCUGCCCAUCCCUUGCCUCCCUUCGCUGCCCUUCCAUUCCCUCUAG